AUGGGAAGCUCAGAGUCCAAAUUUAGCAGCAGUGAGUUACCAUUACGUCCCAUAUUAUUCGCUUUCAACCCAAGCUGUUUACAUGUUCUUCUCUUUGAUCCAAAACCAAGUUAUGGGGUUGGUGUUCUUGAGACCGUCUCAAGAAAACCCAUCUUGUUCAAUCAUUCUCAGUUGUUUUCCUCUACUGGUUGUAUUACGUUUCAUGAUUCUGGCUUUAAUUUCUACUACAUAGUAAAUCUGCCCAAAGUGUCUGCAAUUUCCACGGCUCCCUCCAGUGUUACAUCUUCAGGGUCAUCAACUUUGAUAACAAACUCAGGGUCUGAGGAGGAUUUGCAGGCAUUGAUGGAUGAAAGGAAAAGGAAGAGAAUGAUAUCAAACAGAGAAUCAGCAAGGAGGUCCAGGAUGAGGAAGCAGAAGCAUUUGGAUGAUCUCAUGGUUCAGGUAACUCAGCUGCGGAAAGAGAAUCAUCAGUUCAUUACAAGUAUAAACAUCACCACGCAGCUUUACGUGAAUGUUGAGGCUGAGAACUCAGUGCUUAGAGCUCAAGUCAAUGAGCUUAGCCACAGAUUACAGUCUUUGAAUGAGAUCAUCAGUUUCCUGAAUGGAAGCAAUGGUGGUAAUUUUGAUGCUGAAGAUUCAACAAACUUUGCUUUCACUGAGCCUGCUGACAGCUUCCUUAACCCAUUCAAUUUGGCCUACUUGAAUCAGCCUAUCAUGGCCUCUGCGGAUAACAUGUUUUAAUGUUAAACUCCAUGAGCUUAUUGGAAUUCAAUCGAAGGGAGUAAAAUCUAAAAAAAAAAGAUCAAGAGAGAAGAGAGUCCUUUUAAUUUUUAGUCUUUUUGUGUUCGUUCAGAGUCACUUUUAAGAUAUGAUUACCGGUGGGCAGUGGUGAUAUAUAAGGGCAAAGUGUAGGACAGUUGGGGUUGUUGGUUUGUAAAUGGGGUUUAACUAUAAUUAUGUGAUGUAAGCUUUGUAUUAGCUUAUGGGCAGUUUCGACUUCUGGUGUGAAAGCUCUUGUAGUUGACAUCAGUUCUUUUGUUUGACCUGAUAUCAAGAAAAUAUCAAAGAGCUUAGAAUAAUGGCCACAACUUUUAAUUUGUUUUCUUUAUUUUGCUUCUUUUUUCUUCACCUGAUAAUAGUUGAAUAUUGUUUGCGUCCAAAAAAAUAAUUACCGCACCAAUCUUGUUACCUCGUUUUACAUGAAUGGAUUUGACAAUUUUGAACAGGAAGGAAGUCUAUAGUUGUGGAUGGUGACCCCUUUCUUUUUCUGAUUAAUUGAACAGAGAAAACCUUGAUUGCUUUUUAAGGAUUUGUAAACUAAUGGAAUUUCAAUUGCUCUAGUUGCUUUCACACUUCAACCCUUGGUUGACAUAUGAUAAAAUGAGCAUUAUUUGCUACGUU